AUGGCCGACCAGACAUACACCCUCAACAACGGCGUCAAGAUCCCCAAGCUGGGCUUCGGUGCGCACUUCCCCGAAACCCCGCCCACUACUCUCCCGAUGGCGAGAUGGAGGGAAAAAAAGACUAAUCUCUUCCUGCUCCGGGGCAAAACAGGCACAUGGCAAGCCGACCCGGGCCAGGUCAGCAGCGCCGUCGCCGUGGCGCUCAAGGCCGGCUACCGGCUCAUCGACGGCGCCUACUGCUACGGCAACGAGGACGAGGUCGGGCAGGGCCUCAGGGCCGGGUUCGACGCCGGCAUCAGGCGCGAGGACGUCUUCGUCGUGAGCAAGGCGUGGGCGACGUACAGCUCGCGCGUCGAGGAGUGCCUCGACAAGUCGCUCAAGAGCCUCGGCCUGGACUAUGUCGAUCUGUACCUCGUGCACUGGCCCGUGGCCAUGAACCCCGACGGCAACCACGACCGCUUCCCCAAGCUGCCCAACGGCGAGCGCGACAUCAUCUGGGAGCACGACCACACCGACACCUGGGCGCAGAUGGAGGCCCUCCUCGGCACCGGCAAGGUCAAGGCCAUUGGCGUCAGCAACUACAGCGUGCGCUACCUGGAGCAGCUGCUCGCCAAGGCCAAGGUCGUCCCCGCCGUCAACCAGAUCGAGAACCACCCGGCGCUGCCGCAGCAGGACGUCGUCGACUUCUGCCGGGCCAAGGGCAUCCACGUCAUGGCCUACAGCCCGCUCGGCAGCACGGGCGGCCCGCUGUUCAAGGCCGAGCCCGUCGUCAGGCUGGCCGAGAAGUACAAGGUCGCCCCCGCGGCGAUUCUGCUCAGCUACCACAUCCCCCGCGGCAGCACCGUCCUGGCCAAGUCGGUCACCGAGGAGCGGAUCAAGGAGAACCUCAAGCUAGUAGACCUGACCGCCGAGGACAGCAGGCUGCUCGACGAGUACUCGGAGAAGCUGGGCAGGGAGGGCAAGCACGAGCGGUUCGUGUACCCGCCGUUCGGCAUCAACUUUGGCUUCCCGGACCAGCCACAAGGUGUCGUUGUGGAGGGCGGCAAGAUUAUCAGCAAGGCCUAG